UGAGGUGUUGGUUUUCAUUCUCCAGGAAAUAGCAAGUUACGAGGGCAUCAUGUGAUAAACUGGCAGAGCUCAGUUCAGCCUCCCAGAAAAAGUUCAGCGCGCCAGCCAGAACUGCGCCUCGUUUAUUUUCUCAAUCCGGAACGAGCUGCUGCUGCUGCGUUUCUAAUUCCCCCUCUCCUUUUUUUCCCCUCCUCUUCCUUUUUUUUUGGGGAGAAGCGUCCGAAGGGCAAGAUGGAUUUUGGGGUGAUUGUUUCCAAGAGCGUGCUGCUAUUUAUCAGUUUCAUCUUCUGGGGUGCAGCAGCUGGACUCUUCUAUGUUGGCGCGCACGUCCUCAACGCUUACAAGGAAUACGACCCUUUUCUUCAGAACCGAGAUGCUCUCUUACCCCCCAUAAUUAUCAUUGCCGUUGCUGUGGUCAUGAUGGUCAUUGGCAUAGUUGGCUGCUGUGCCACCCUUCGUGAAUCCAAGAUCGGCCUCGGAGUGUUCUUGGUCAUCAUCCUGCUGAUCUUCACUGCAGAAAUGGCAGCCUUUGUGCUUGGAUUUGUUUACAAAGGAAAGAUAAUAGCUGAGUUCCAUGACUCCAUGUCAAAAGCCUUUGCAGCCUACGAUGGAAAAUCAGAAAACUCUCGUAGUGUAGAUUACCUGCAGCAGGAGCUUCAAUGUUGCGGUGUCCAAAACUACACUGACUGGAUUGGGACUCAGUGGUUCAUAGGCAACCAUACUCUUCCUCUGAGCUGCUGCAAGCAAGGUCCGGCUUUCAAGAAUUGCACAGGACAACUGAGUGAGAAGCAUCUUGUCAACACCCAAGGCUGUGAAAAGAUAAUAGAUCUCCGUGACCUGCUCAAUUACGCGAUGCUCAUUGUCUUGGCUUUUGCCAUUGUGAAGUUUUUUGGAAUGCUUGGGAUCUGCGUGUUGGCCUGCAAGAAGGAAAGCCAAGGGUAUCAGUCCCUGAGCACCGGAGUGUUUGCCUGACCAAGAAAUAGAUGACUCUUCCUUUUGGGAUCUCCAUGAACAAAAAUGGAAAGAUAUCUUGAGUAGAAAGCAUUAGCCUACUUUUUAUGAAAUCCCAAAAGAGAUUACACUGGCUUUCAGAAGUCGUAUUAAAGGUGAAAUAGUUGGCAUUAA